UAUUUAAUGAUAGUAACACUAAUGUUGUACUUUGAAGUUCGUUUAGCGCGGAAAUUCAAACAUGGCGUCUUUCGAAGAUGUCGAAGUAGAAAAAGAUUCCUCGCCUCUCCCCACCAUCAACCAGAGGCUUGGACAUCUAAGACCUUCCAAGGAGCUACUAGAGUAUUACAGAAAGAAAAUAGCCGAGUACGAUGGCGAACACGAGCAAAUGGUACACAAGUUGGAGCGAUACAAGUGCACCUACGAGGAGCAGCAUAAGUCUCAAUGGGAGCUACGACAGCGUGAGGAAGAGAUCUCUGAGCUCCAGAAGGCACUCAGUGACAUGCAAGUGUAUCUAUUCCAAGAGCGUGAGCAUGUUCUCAGGCUUUAUGCUGAAAAUGACAGACUGAAGAUCAGGGAGCUUGAGGAUAGAAAGAAAAUACAGCAUUUGUUGAGUCUGUCAAAAGCAACAGAACCAGAGAUAACCUACUUUCACAAGCAACCUCCUGCUAAAGCUGUCAUCAAACAAAACAAGCUUGAGACUUGUUCAGAAACACUGAGUGGACGUGGUCCAGGGGGGCAUAAAAGAGCAGGGACAAAAAGACCAGCUACUGAGCAGGAAAUAUCUGGCAAUUUGCGUCCUGCCCCAAGAAGCCCGUCUCAGGAUCGUCAGACUCUUCUUCUUCAAAUAGAAUCACUUCAGGCCCAGUUAGAGGAACAGACAAAAACGGCCAAAGAGCAGACAGAUGCAUUACUAGAGGACCGAAGAGUGCGCAUGGAGGAACAGCAUGCACAGAGAGAACGUGAUGCAGAUAAAAUUAAAACCCUGCAGGAUAAGCUACACAACACCCAGAGCUUACUCUAUGAGAGUACUAAGGACUUUCUCGAACUAAAGUAUGAAUUGCGUGCCAAGGAAAGGCACUGGAUGGUUGAUAGGGAUAGGCUCAUUCAAGAGAUUGAGCAUCUGCGGGAAGAGCUUGAUAUUUCAGGUGUGAGUAGCAUACUUGAAGUGUCUGGAGGAGAACCAAUGGAACCAAGGCAAGCACAGAUGCAUGCUGUACACUCACUGAAAGAUCAACUUGAACAGUCUCAAAAACUUGCUGAAAUGUACCGAGAACAAUGCAUUGGGUUAGAAGAGGAGUUGUCAAGAAUUAGGGAAAAGACUGAUGUAAGCAAGGAGAUAUUUAAAGAAAGGAGUGAGAAAAUGGGCAAGAGGUUGACGCUUAUGAACCAGCGAUAUGAAGCACUGGAGAAGAGGAGAGCCUUGGAGGUGGAAGGCUUCAAAAAUGACAUAAAGCAGCUUAGAAAUAAACUGAAGGACGUUGAAAAGCAGCUUUUUAAGGUUACUGUAAAUAUUGGAGACAACUACGAUGAGGAAGUUUUGAGGAAUGUACGACGGACAGCUGGGAGAUCGAAGCAUCUUGUUGGGGAACUGCAUAACCUGAAGGCGAAGAUUUACUCAAUAGAAAAUGAUAUUAGACAUAUGGCUUGAAGUUUUAACAAAGAUGCCCCGAAUAGCAAAAAAAUGUUGCUGCAUUCACAGUAAAAAGGCAAGUUUGAUAGAGAUUAGAUAGAGACUGUAAGGCAGUUAAAGCCAAAAUGUUAGACUUUGUGACUAUAGUGAAAUAUUCAAAAGUGCUUGUGUUACAAAGAUGUCUUUACUACUGAUGCAGUGCAAGGUGUGAUUUGCUGAGAGGGAUAUAACAGUCAUAGAAUAUGUGAGAUGGGGGCACUGUGAUACAUUGGUUUCUCAAGCAUGCUAAUGGUUUUCACAAGGUGAAAAUGUGUGAGUCAUGAGAAUGAAUACGAUGGGGCCUAGAAGUCUAUGAGAAAUUGGACACAAGAUUGCAUACUUUGUAAACUGUACAUAACAAUGAACUGUACAUUUAUCUGUAAGGUAUUUUUUACUGUACAUAGUUCUAAACAUAUAAAUAUUUAUUAGAAACUUUUAUUGUUUAAAAUGUUUU